GGACUUUUUGCAAGGACUCUUCCAGCUGGUGCUGGGGACGGAGAGCCGAGAAGGUCGUAGGCGCAUUUCCCCCUUCUUCCGGGCGAUUGUUUCUGCAGCAUUCACGUACACGGGAAGCCUCUUCUCAAACGAAGGCUACCAAGCAGCCAAAAUUGGCUAAAACUGAGAUCCAGAAGACGGAGGGAUCCAAACGGCCCAGUUCUGGGUUGAGAAGAACUGGGACAAGCUCGAAAGAAGAUGCUGGGAUUGAGGACAAAAGCAAGACAGGUUAUACUCACUGGCUUAUGAAAUCUGAGCCGGAAAGCAGGUUUCAAAAAGGAGUUGAUAUGAAGUUUGGCAUUGAAGACUUGAAAGCUCAGCCUAACGAAACGGCUUGCUGGGAUGGAGUCAGGAAUUAUCAGGCACGGAAUUUCCUGCGGGAGAUGAAAGUUGGUGAAGAAGCUUUUUUCUACCACAGCAAUUGCAAGGAACCUGGGAUUGCAGGUAUCAUCAAG